GAAAAGGGCGGGCCGGGCCGGGCCGGGUGUGCUGUCGCCGGCGCCCAGCGCUGCGAGAGGCCCGGGGCCGCGGCGAGGGGCGGGGGAAGAGCUGCUGCCUUAGUCUUCCAACAUCUUGCACUGCAUGCUCGUGGUAUGUCCGAGGGACAGGUCUCUUGUGUGCUCUGACUGUACCAGGUUGUCCUCAUGAGUACUCCAGUGGAGAAUGUCCAUGAUCUUCUUUGCCUGUGUGGUGCGGGUGAGGGAUGGACUUCCUCUGUCAGCCUCCACAGAUUUUCAUUUCAACCAGGACUUUCUGGAGUGCAGAAAGAAAUUAAAGGCUUUAUCCUCAAUUCUGGCACAUUAUCCAAGUCGAGGCACAGCAAAAGGACGUGACCUUAGCAUACAUUUCCUUUCUUCUGGAGAUAUCGCCUGCAUGGCGAUCUGUUCCAACAGUUACUCCACCAUCAUGGCAUUUUGCUUCCUGGAGGAGCUUCACUGGGAAUUUGCUGCUUCCUAUGACACAACAAGCAUCGGUUUAGCUUCCAGACCAUAUGCUUUCCUUGAAUUUGAUAAUGUUAUUCAGAAAGUCAAAUGUCAUUUUAACCGUGUGCGUGCCUCUCAAAUCAAGGCCAACUGGGAGAAGGUUGAGGAGGAGCUGAAGUUCCAGCCCCCAGUUCAGCUGAAGUUAGAGGACAUGGAGCUGAUGAAUGGGAUGGCCAAUGGUGGGCACGCAGGUGUUCAUGUGGAGGUUGCCCCUACGUACCGAAUGCAGCCUGUGACUCCCCUGGGGAUUCUGUCACUUGUUCUAAACAUCAUGUGUGGGGCUUUGAAUCUCAUUCGAGGAGUUCACCUAGCAGAGUACUCAUUUCAGGAGGACCAUGAAGGAAUUGGAAAUGUGAUAGCUUUUUUCCUACCUUUCCUAUCCUGUGUUUUGCAGUGUUACUUGUACCUCUUCUACAGCUCAGCAAGGAAGGUGAAGACAUUUGCACUCUUCUUCUCCAUUUGUUCCUGCAACAUUUACCUCUAUGGGUUACGGAACCUGUGGCAAAUAGCUUUUCACAUAGGAGUAGCAUCUCUUUCUUCUUACCAGAUACUGACAAGGCAACUUAUGGAGAAACAGCCUGACUAUGGAGUAUGAAGAAGACUGUGGGUUUGCUGCUUUAUUUUUACAACCCUUUUUUUGUAUUAAACUGACCCAAAAUCUCUUGGAAUAUUUAAAAAGAUUUGUGACAAGGAUUAUUGCAAGGAGGAGAUUUCAAAGGAACUUGAAAUAAAGCAGGACACUCUAAUCACGGCAAACACCCAGUGAGGAAUGUGACUGUAUUUCACAUGGCAUGUGGCAGUUGUGCAUGGUAGAUCUUGUCAGGUGUCAUCUUUCUUGUUUGUUUUAGUGGCACCCAGUGACAGCACAAGGGGUAAGGAGCACCAACUUGAACAUGGGAAGUUCCACCUAAAUGUAAGGAGAUGCUCCUUAAAGGGUGGCAGAGCACUGGAACAGGCUGCCUAGAGAGGUGGUGGAGUCUCUGUUUCUGGAGACAUUCAAAACCCAUCUGGGUGUAGUGGAUAUUGGGUGAACCUGCCUUGGCUGGGAGAUUGAACUCCAUCUCCAACCCCUAUCAUUCUGUGAUCAACAGAUGGAGGUUCCUCUUAGCACAAACAGGCUUUUACUCUUUGACUAUCACCAUCUAGGCAGCAUUUUGCUGUUUGCUUUACUGACUUUGUUCAGCAGUUCAGUGUCUUGUCCUGCCCACGCUUCGAAAAAUCUUGAAAUUGUGUAGAAAAAUGAGGGCAGAAUGGUAGGUAACAUUUUUUUGCCUCUAGACUUUUCUAAACAUUAAGAUUCCUAUUAAGUGAGGAGUUUGCCAUAGUUAGAUGAGUUCAGUGGCAGCGGGGAAAAAUUGUUGGGACAAGCUUCAGGGUAAUUUUUCUAGCACUUGAAGGAAAAGAUGAACCUUGGCUUUUAAGAAAAGCAUAGAGACUAUAAAUAUCUCCUGGCUAAACAGUGCAUUGUAGUUAAAUGUGUGCUCAUUGGUUAAUUGCAAACAUGCUUGAGGCAGCAUAAAAUAAAACAAGUGAAUAGAAGUGAUUUUUCAGCUCAAGUGGCCUCUAUUUCCUUGGCUAAGGUCACUCUUUGUGUUCCAUGUUUGCUCGGUCUCGAUAGAUAAUAAAUCCUCCAAGCCUGCUUAUGGCAGCCAACUGACUCCUUCAUCUUGUGAAAUCAGAAGUAUAGCUGGGAAGUGGAAACCCAUUUCCAGUAAUGGAAAGCCAGAGCAGGUUCUCUUUAUUGCAUAAAACACCUUUAGCUAAUGGUGUUGAGUUCUUAUACCAAGAAUUUAUGAGUGUGCACUUUUGAAUAUGGUCCUUAAGAGCUGAAAUCCUUAACCUCUGCUGCACUGGGUGUUCUUGUCUGUCAUGUCUUGAGGUGCAUAUGGGCAUUUUAGAGCAUAGAUGAAUAAUUUAGGUUGCCUGUUUAAAAGAAAAAGCAUAGCAUUUUGAUGCAGCUGUCCCUGCAGGGUCAUAGAGACUCAAAAUGAACAGAUAUAGAGGUCUCUAGGUGUGUUGUUGUGGAAGUAUGCUCCUAGAUUUUCUUCUGUCUUUCCAUAGGGAGCUGUUUUCUGGUUGCCCCAUUCCCUUCAGCAGACAUCUCUCACCAAAGGUUUAUUUUCUUCUCAUAUAGACUCUGUCUUUUUGUGGCUGCAAAGAGGUUAACAUGAUGCAGAGUUGCCUUCCUGAGUCUGCAGAAACACUUAACAAAAUUAGUUUCUUGCACCUCAGUGAAUUUUCCUGACAGCUCAUGAUGCAAGCAUGAUUAUCAGUGAGCUACUAGACCAGGGACCUCUGGUGCCGUAACGUGGAAGUGCUUCUGCGCUGCAGCUGAUUGUAACAACCACAUCGACAGGCAGCCUGCUACAGCCUGAGCAGUUCCUGAGACAUAAAGAGACCUGGUACCAGAGAUUUUUCCCACAGUAGAAUGUCGAUAUUCCUUUUCCAUCUCAUGUCAGCCCAUUUAACAGUAGCAGAACAUAAGGGCAGACUUUCCCUGUGAGAGUGCUGGAGCCCUGGCCUGGCCUCUCCUUCUCUGGAGAGAUUCCAAACCUGCCUGGACGUUGUGAUCCUGGGCAACCUGUUGUGAGUCUCCCUGUUUUAGCAGGGGAUUUGACUGGCUGAUCUCCGGAGGUCUGCCCCCCACCAUGCUUUAAUUCUGUGAGGAAUACUCCAGUAGGAAUGAUGAAGGAAUAUUUUAUCCAGCCAAUUCAGGAAGCAGCUUGAGCUGUGUGCUGUAAGAGAGCUGUUCUGUUAUAAGAGAGUGGAUUAAAGUUGUUCUUCAUUACCCCAUUUUUCUGCCAGAGUGUAAGUAGAGAAAUGUAGCUGGAAUUCAGUCAGUGUCCAUAAGGCACCCGGAUGACCCCACCACAAAUGAGGGUGGGUAUUACUGACAAGCUUUAUGUUUUCAUGCUCUUCAGCCCCAGUUCUGCUUGAUGGUAUGACCCAACUCCCAACUCCCACCCUUUCAGCAUCCAUCUGGCUAAAGAGCCCAAAAGAGCUUUCAUGCUUCUCCCUAGGCUGGGACAAAGCUGGCCUGUGAUAGCUUAAGGCAGGCAGAGCUUUAGAGCUGGGACAGGGAACCACUGACUGCCUUUUAUUCUUUAUCCUCAAAUUGAGCUGAUGGGAAGAAACUGUAACAUUCCAGCUGCUUCCUGAGCAUCCGUUUGCUUUAUCACAGAACAAACACAUCCCCAUGCCAGGUGAUAUUAGCAACAGGUCUAUAACAAGAGUGGUGGAACAAGUUGUUUAGAUAGCUUGUGUAAUGAAGGUAAUUAGAGUGGAUAAAGAUUAAAUUCAGUUCUGUGUGAUUUUUUCCUGAAAAUGGUUCUGUAAAAGCAAACAAAAGCAGCUGGUUCAUUUCCACCUUUGUGUUGAUUUUUCUGCUUUGUGGAUUAGGUGGAGGAUGUGGCUAGAUCACAGAAUCAUAGAAUCAGUCAGAGUUGGAAGGAUCAUCUAGUUCUAACCUCCCUGACAUGAGCAGGGACACCCUACACUAGAUCAGGCUGCCCACAGCCUCAUCCAGCCUGGCCUUAAACACCUCCAGGCAUUGGGGCCUCAACCACCUCCCUGGGCAACCCAUUCCAGCCUCUCACCACUCUCAUGCUCAGCAGCUUCCUCCUCAUGUCCAACCUGAACCUACUCAUCUCCAGCUUUGCUCCUUUCCCCCCAGUCCUGUCACUCCCUGAUAUCCUGAAAAAUCCCUUCCCAGCUUUUUUGUAGCCCCCUUCAGAUCCUGAAAGGCCACGAGAAGGUCACCUGGGAGCCUCCUCUUCUCCAAACUUAACAGCCCCAACUCUUUCGAUCUGUCCUCACAACAGAGCUGCUGCAGCCCUCUGAGCAUCCCAGUGUCCCUUCUCUGGACACACUCCAGCAUGUCCACAUCCUGCUUGUAAUGGGGGCUCCAGAACUGGAUGCAGUACUCCAGGUGAGGUCUCAGCAGAGUGGAGUAGAGGGGGAGAAUCACCUCCCUUGAUUUGCUGGCCACACUUCUGCUGCAGUCCAGGAUCUUGCCUACCAAGUGAGCAAAGCUCUGGUUUUCUGUUAAUUCAUUUUCAACCUGUUUUUAUUUUAAUCCCCCUCCUGUAAUGUGCUUAAAUCAUGUUGAGGGAUCUCUGUGUGUAUUACUAUCUGCACACUCAGGUUUAAACUGUGAGGCAGAGCACUUGUCGUUUGCCUCUUUUAAUAUUUGCAAUGGCUCCUGUUUCUGUGUGGUAUUCAUACAGUUAAACCUCUUUUGGGGAAGCAGCAAGAGGAGUAGAAUAGUUUACAUUGAUCUCAGUGCUUUAAGAUGUAAUAAAAAGGAAUGACUUGCAGUUUGAGUACAUUAAAUCUGACUCAUAACGUAGGAUUACGCCUCUGUUGAAUCAAAUCCCCGAACAGGAAUCCAUCCCUUUUUGUUCAGCUUUAAACUGUUCAAUGUAGUUUGAAUUGCAGCUCCUUAACUCUGUCUGUUCUCCAGAUAAGUCCUUUGGAAAAAGUCUUUUUCCUCACCCAGCAACCUGACACAAGAAAAUUGGCAAAGAAUAAAUGUCAUUAAUGUAAAGAUUUGCUUAGUCACUUUAUGGAGCUGAUAAUUUUCCUGUGGGGUUUUUGGCUUCUUAUUCUUUUUUUCCUUUUUCUCCCAAAGACUUAAGUUCGUAGAAGCUGGGCUGGUACCUUUUUAGACAUUUUUGCACUGUAUUAAUAAUUGAACCUGUGUAAAUGUGUACAAAAUCAUUUGGCAUGUGGAUGUAUAUAUGUACAUAUAUCCAAUAAAUGGCUUUUUUUUGUAA